AUGCACUUUGUGAAGGAAUCCGCAUCGCUAAGCUUCUUCCUGGUUUCUCUUAUGGAACCGUAUCUUGAAGCUGAGAAGAACUGGACAGUGGCGUUGGAAGGGUUGACCCUGCCACGUGAGCUGAUGGCGUCGAUGAUUUCUCUUAAACGUGGAAGCGAUGAUGAGAUCCGUCUGCUCGCACAAGUCGACCAGACGGUCACCGUUGGGUCACCAGCAAAAGGCACAGAUAUAUCGCAGAAGUCUGGAUAG